CAGAAUAAAAUCCAAGUAUUGAGUAUUUUUACUGAUAACUGCUAUUUAAUUAAACUAAAACAAUUACUUAAGAGUAUAUAAUGGCAUAUACUGUCAAUAUAUUCAAAGAACAAUGUGUCGUUACAUUUUAGCGCCUUUUCAAUUGCAGGGCGCGCGGCGCAGACGUCAACUUUUGCACGUGCGACAGAUUUGUUUCUCAUAGUCAUAACCAAAAAUAAGAAUAGAGUAAAACUAUGUGCAGGAUAACUCCAUAAGUUUUUAACGAUAGUAAAUUAAGGAAAAAUUUGAAGUAAUACCUGUAUAAUAGUCAAAUGAAUGACUUUUUAAAAGUAAAUUAAAGUUGAAAGACUAGUGCCAUUUAAUCAGAUCAUCAUGAGGAAUCUAGUAAUAGAAAGCCAAAGGACGAAUACAUUCAAUGACGGUGACUUCUUGCCUCAUGAAAAAUAUCACUGUUGUUACAAUGCUGACAAAGAUAGAUAUUACAUUAUUGAAGGGGAAGAUAAUAGGUUUCUUGCAAUUGAUGCAAGUAACGACAGAAAGUACAUUGACGAAGAAGUAAUUUUCAACAACAAGGAGCUGAAACCUAUUGGUAUCGAGUAUUGCAGUAUAAAUCAAGAACUAUAUAUUGCCUGUGACUGUGGGUUAGUCAUUUGCAUGACAUACUUGGACGAUGAAAAAGUGAAGUAUGAGGAAAUAGCAGAUUUUACCAAUGGAUUGCAAUGUAUGAAAAUCAGUCCUGACCAUGAAGUUGUAGUGCUUCUGACAAAGGAUAACGUUGUCAUAACACUAUCAUCUAACUUUGAUAUUUUACAAGAGGUAAAUCUAACAUCAAAAGAAUUUGGGGAAAAACAAUUCAUAACAGUUGGCUGGGGUAAAAAGGAGACCCAAUUCCAUGGCUCUGAAGGAAAAGCAGCAGCAAAAGCAAAAUCAGCAGUUGUUGGAAAAACUGAUUCUGACAAUGGUUUACCUAGAAUAACUUGGAAAGGAGAUGGUACUUUAUUUGCUGUUAAUUACAUAGAUGAAGAAGCCAAUGCACGGAGAUUCAAGGUUUUCGAUAGAGAAGGAAUCUUGCAGUACACAAGUGAAUUAGUAGAUUGCUUAGAAGGCACUUUGUCUUGGAAACCUUCUGGUAAUCUGAUAGCUUCAACAAGAAAAUUGCCAAACAAGCAUACCGUUGCACUUUUUGAGAAAAAUGGCCUUCUGCAUAGAGAAUUCACACUUCCUCUUGAAACAAAAAGUGUCCAGAUUGAAGACUUAGUCUGGUCAAGGGACUCUGAUAUUUUAGCAGUUUGGUACAAAGACAUUGCUAGUGGAAUUAUGACUGUUCAGUUAUGGGGAGAAAAGAAUUACCACUGGUAUCUAAAACAAACAAUCACAUAUCCUAAAAAUAAUCCAGUUUUACAUUUGGCUUGGUCUCCUCAAGUAAACAAGGAUCUUUUAAUACUGUCAUCAAAGAAUAGUACCAUUUAUACAUUUUACUGGACUGUAACGCAUAGUCAUGGAAAGGAUUUGGCAGACAAAGCAGUUGUUUCUGUAAUAGAUGGCAAUAAAGUGCUUGUAACAGGCUUUAGAGAUGGUAUAGUUCCACCACCAAUGGCUCAACAAACUUUACAAUUUGAUGAGCCUGUAAAUGCAAUAUCGUUUGCACCAAAACAAGUUCAAGAUUCUGAAAUUAGCUCUAACGAUUUCUUAGUACUUUUGAGUAACAAUAAAAUAGAAUUUUGUCAAAAUAUCAAUGAAUCAUGGGCUGUGCAGUAUGCCAAGAAAAAAUUAUACAACGUCGAUUUGCGAUUAAAAGACGCAAAGAAAUACUCGUUUCAUUUAUUGCAACACCUCUUCUGGUACAAACCAAAUAUUGUCUUGUGCUCUGUCUCACUAGGUGUCAAAAGUUCUUUGUGCGAAAUUCAUCUUCUGGAUGUUGAAGGUGUGGAGGAAAUAACAGUUGAUGCCAAAAUCAUACAAGAAAUGCCUGGACAAAUAGAGCAUAUCGUCCCAUCCUCCGACUCCAAGACAGUUUAUAUAGUCGUGAACAACAAGAUUUACAAUUACAACGAUCGGGAUGGUCUAUCAAAAUCCGACCUGGUAAUAAUGAAUGAAAGCUCAACACGAGCUAUGGUCAAAGUUGAGUUGGUUACGUUUGGAGAAAAGGAAGCGAUCGUGGCCUUAUCGCGAAAAUACGUUCUAUACGUAAACGGCAAGCAGGUGUCCAAUAACAUCACCUCUUUCUUCGUACAUUCCGAAUUUUUGCUGCUGACAACUUUGCAGCAUGCGUUGAUUUGCUUCAAAUUAGAUGAGAAUGGGCUGGAUCAGCUGUGCACGAGAGAUCUAACUAUUCAACCAUGGGAAAACGAGACAAAUUUAGUGCACAGAAAGCAAGAGUUGAGCAUAAGACGAUUGGAGAGGGGGUCAACCUUAGUAAUGGCUAUUCCAAAAGAUGCGAGAGCAAUCCUGCAAAUGCCCCGAGGUAAUCUGGAAUGUAUACAACCCCGAGCGCUGUCUCUCGCUAUUAUCGGCAACUUUAUCGACAAACUCGACUACCACAAGGCCUUCGAUCUCAUGCGCAAACAGCGAAUCGAUCUGAAUUUACUGUACGAUCACAAUCCGCAGUCUUUUAUUGAGCACACAGAGAAGUUUGUUCAAGACGUGAAAAAUGCUAACUGGCUUAGUUUGUUCUUGACGGAUCUCAAGGAUGAAGAUGUGACCAGGACGACGUAUGCCAGCAGCUACGAAAAUCGGAGCAAGCAACCAGAGGAGAGUGUCUCGGGUAAAGUCGAGGCUGUUUGUGAAGUUUUAAGGAAAAUUAUGGAGCAGAACUCGAAUGAUUUUGUACAGCCGAUUCUGAUAAGCUUGGUGAAGAAUCAAAAGAAGGUAGGCCUGGAAAAUGCUUUGAAGAAGAUAAAGCAACUUAAGGCUCAGGAAGACGUGAACCAACAAGGCUUCUCAGCCGAAGAAGCUCUAAAAUAUCUUCUAUACAUGGUGGACGUGAACGUCCUGUACGACAUCGCACUAGGCAUGUACGACUUUGAAUUAGUGAUGCUGGUAGCCCAAAAAUCGCAAAAAGAUCCAAAAGAGUACAUAUCCUACUUGAACACACUCAACGGCCUCGAAGAGAAUUACCGAAAGUUCUCGAUCGACAGUUACUUGAAACGCUACAACUCUGCUCUUACGCACAUAGCCAAAAUACCCGAUAGGUACGACGAGUGCAUGUACUUCAUUCAAUGCCACGAAUUGUACAGCCAAGGCUUGAAACUGUACAACAGUAAGAGUAGCGAGUACAAGCAGAUUGCUGUAGCUUAUGGAAAGCAUUUGUCGAGCAAAGCCAAGUAUCGGGAGGCUGGUAUCAUGUUCACCAAAGGAAAAGACUACGUGGAGGCACUGAACGCUUUCAAACAGGCUAACAGCUGGCAAGAUGCCAUAGUCACAGCUAUGAAACUAAACUUGAGUUUUCCUCAAUUGACUGAACUGUACGAAGAGUUGGUCAGCCGGCUUUUAGAGGAUAAGAGAUACGAAGCCGCCGCGGUCAUCUUAUCGAAGCAUUUGAACAGAUCCGAAGAUGCAGUGGCGACUCUGUGCGAAGGAAGACAUUGGCACCAGGCAUGGACGGAUGCUCACUGUAUGAAGCGAGAAGAUCUCAUUGAAACACACGUCAAGCCCGGUAUACUGGACCACGCUGAAUUUAUGCUCUCUCAGAUCCGCCAGCAUAAACAAGACUUCGAGAAGUACAAAAACCGCCUCGGUGUCGUUCGUGCCCAGGCCGCAGCUCGUGAGCUCGCGAUGCGUAACCUGUUCGACCUGGACGACGAACCGACUGGUAACGAAAGGGGCGACUUUAGCGAUCUGAUAAGCGACACUACGAGUAUCGCAGGCUCGACUAUGUCGAGAAGCUCACAAGCGUCACGAAGUACCGGACGAAGCUACCGAUCAAGCAAAAAUCGUAGGAAGCACGAGAGAAAACUUCAGAGCAUCAAGGAGGGUAGUGUAUACGAGGAUCUGGCGCUUAUAAGGACGCUGCACCAGCUUGUCAGCCAAGCUUACAAGCAACGAGACGAAGUUCGAUCGAUAGCGGAAAUGCUGUUGUUCAUAAACAGCGACCAAUUAGCCGAAGAAUUGUACAAAGUGAUGAGUGAAUUUUUGGAGGACAUCUAUCAGGGCAAACGUGAAAUUUGGCCUCCAGCCGAAAUAAAAAGUCCCGAUAGCGAAGAGCCUAGCAGUAGUAGUACAAAUCUACCGUCUCCCAGUACUAUACCACAAAAUUUGAUAGAACCGCGUUUGCUGAAUCCACCGGAAGAACAGCCAAGUGAUUGGAAACUAGAUGCAUUUAAAGUUUCUUCCAAGUAAAACAUUGUGGCAAACAUUUAAAUCAUUGUUAUAGGUUUUGUACUUGAUAUUUUAGAGAAAUUUGAAAAUAUUAAUUUUUGUAAGUUUUGCACAGAGUUAUAUUGACCAGGCUGUAGUUGAUAUAUGUGAUUUAUAUUAUUAGGUGUAACCUAUUUAUACAUGUAUUUAUGAGUAAUCAUAAUAAAAAAAAUAGAGAAAACA